AGCAACGCCAUUGCCCCCCCUGCAAAACGAAAAUCAACGCAGGGAUCAUCAGCGCUGCCUUCAAAACAGCUGAACCCCCCCACAAAAAAAAAAAAAGGAAAAGCACGAAAAGCACAAGCUAAGCCAUGAAGUCCACCGUGGAGAGCAAUGACAUUGUAGAUCCACAAGGAGCUGCCUCACCAGAGGAAAACUCUGUUGGUGGUGAAAUCAUAAAUGAGGAAUUGGCUGAUGCUGAUUUAGAGGAUGCGGAUGCUGCUGCCAAGAAGGUACCAAUAACCAGACGCAGGACCAAUUCGGCUGUUGACCCAAAGAAAGCUAGCUCCCUUUUGGGACAGACACUGGGUACUGAUAAUGAUGGGAAUAAAUCGUCAUCUGGAUAUGGGUGCGAUGGAUGUGCCACACAGAAUCCUCCUCCAAAAGAUCAUGGAAUCAUGGCACUGCCAGAAAUGCAACAAAAUAAUAUUACUGAAACAGAGGAAUUGACUCCGGGUGCAUACCUGUUUGAAGGUGGAGAAUUCAGGACAGCGGUGGAAGCAAACGCUCAUGGCUCAGAUGACUUUGAUUGGGAGGGCUACCGCAACCAGCAACGGACUCACGCCCCUGUACAAACAGCACCUAGCAGAGCUGUUCUGGCUGUAGCCAAUGCUGUGGAAGAAGUGGACCCGCUCAGUCUUCCUCAAGCCAUGCCAUCAGAAGCAAACAGCGACAAUGCCAAACGAGACCAAAAGGAUAAUGGUUGGGUUGCUAUUUGCACUUGUGCCGGGCUUGCUUUAAUGGGAGGGCUUGUGCUUUUGAUUGUAUUCCUUGUAUCAGGCACCGAUCAAUCAACAGCAACCAAUUACCCAGCAGCAGCUUCGUCCAUGGCACCGACCUCACCAAUCUCACUGGAAUCAUAUCUUUCAUCAUUGUUGCCAAAUCACACUGUCAAAGCCAUGGAAGACAAAGACUCGCCACAAUACCAGGCAUUUGAAUGGCUCCUUGAAGAUCCCUAUGUCUAUGGAUAUGCUGAGAAACGGAUUCUUCAGCGACAUGCCCUAAUGUCUUUCUUCUAUGCCACUGCCGGUCCCACUCAAUGGACCAACAAGACUGGCUGGGGAAGCUACAGCUUACACGAAUGUGACUGGUACCAAAAUCAAGACUUUGCUUCAAAGACAAUCCUGCAGAAUUAUUACCCUGGUUUCCUACAAGGCUUUCUGGAGCCUCUACCUGACAGUAGAUGUGAUAAUCAGGGAAUCUACACACAUCUUUGGUUGGAUCAGAACAAUCUUGUGGGUUCUUUUGUUGAAGAAGUUUUUAGCUUGACCUCCCUCAAAACAUUGUCGGCUGGCCUCAAUCCAAUUUAUGGUACAAUUUCCAGCCACAUCGGGCAUAUGAGUGACUUGCAGGGGCUUGCCAUUGCAUCUGCGGGGCUGUCUGGAUCGCUGCCAAGUGAAAUGGGUUAUUUGUCAUCACUGCAAGUCAAUUCCUUGUACGGCAACCAGCUAGAAGGUACCGUGCCAGAAGAGAUCUGGCAACUUACCAACCUUGAAUUCCUUGUGCUUGGCCGCAACAACAAGCUACAAGGUUCAAUUCCUUCAAAGGUGGGGACGUUUGCAAAGCUGAGGUGGCUAUUGUUUGAAGAAUGUGAUCUUUCUGGGCCCCUUCCCACAGAGCUGGGGCAAGCCACAUCCUUGGAAUGGUUGGUCUUGGUGGCUGGAAACCUUUCGGAUACACUUCCAACUGAGCUUGGAUCCCUCCCCAGGCUUUGGUUCCUUUCCUUGUAUGGUAAUCAGCUCGAGGGGACUCUUGCUACAGAGCUUGGCCUUCUCUCUUCACUUGGUGUUGUGGAUCUGAGGUGGAAUUCAUUUUCAGGAACUCUUCCAUCCGAGCUGGGUUUGCUGCCAGUUCUACAAACUCUAUCACUGGAAUCCAAUUUUCUUUCUGGCACAAUUCCGACGGAGCUUGCCAACCUGUCAGAGUUGUAUAUGCUUCCCCUGGCAGAUAAUCGCUUCACUGGUUUCAUUCCGUCUGAAUUUGGGAUGAUGCCAUCGCUGGAAUUGCUCUCUGUGGCAAACAAUUCUCUCAGUGGGACUAUACCACAGGACCUGGCACCCCUACAACGUUCGCUGUACAGUCUCCAUGUUCAAGGGAACUCACUUCUUUCUGGUGUAAUGCCAGACUUGCUUUGUGCCAUCAACAAAACUUGUGUGUUUGAUUGGUUCGAAGAAUGUGAGGGGCCUUAUGGGCUAAUUUUUGAAUGCACUGAGAUGUUGUGUGGUUGUGACUGCCCUUGCUGAGCAAAACUAGAACAAUUCGAAUGUGCUAGCUAGCAAAAACAGAAAUCAAAGAUGCUCUGGGAGCUAACUUUAGCAAGUUUUAAAAUCU